GACGCGUAGGCAGGGCGGGGAGAACAGAACUUUCCCCCAGCCGGCAACAGACUCCCCACCCCUCGUUCCCCAGUGUCACGGGGCCCCGAGGGCGGCGCAUGCGCACAGCAGCGCAUUAAGCCGUUGUUCCGCAGGCUCCGCUGCUGCUCCCGUAGCAGAGUCGCGUCGCCAGGAGCCGAUAGUGGCCUGGGAACAACAGCUACCGUCGCCACCUCGGUCGUGGGAAUUGCACAGAAAUGUCUCUCUAUCCUUCUCUGGAAGAUCUGAAAGUGGACAAGGUAAUUCAGGCCCAGACUGCCUUUUCUUCAAACCCUGCCAAUCCAGCAAUUUUGUCUGAAGCCUCUGCUCCCAUCCCUCGAGAUGGAAGCCUCUAUCCCAGACUAUACCCAGAACUUUCUGAGUACAUGGGUCUGAGUCUUAAUGAAGAAGAGGUACAGAAAAACUUGCCAGUGGUUGCAGAUACACAGUCUCAGGGACUGGUAACAAGACCCUCCGCUGUGAAUUAUAUGGUGGCUCCAGUAACUGGAAAUGAUGUUGGAAUUCGCAGAGCAGAGAUUAAACAAGGUAUCCGUGAAAUAAUUGUAUGUAAAGAUCAGGAUGGAAAAAUUGGACUUCGUCUUAAAUCUAUAGACAAUGGUAUAUUUGUCCAGUUAGUACAAGCCAACUCUCCAGCAUCUUUAGCCGGUCUGAGGUUUGGGGACCAAGUUCUGCAAAUUAAUGGUGAAAAUUGUGCAGGAUGGAGCUCUGAGAAAUCCCAUAAAGUUCUCAAGCAGGCUUCAGGGGAGAGAAUUUCGAUGAUUAUUCGUGACAGGCCUUUUGAACGAACUCUUACUAUGCAUAAGGACAGCACAGGUCAUGUUGGCUUCAUAUUCAAAAAUGGAAAAGUAACCUCAAUAGUAAAAGACAGUUCUGCUGCUAGAAAUGGACUUCUUACAGAGCACAACAUGUGUGAAAUAAAUGGCCAGAAUGUAAUUGGACUGAAGGACUCCCAAAUUGCAGACAUAUUGGCAACAGCUGGAAAUGUUGUGACAAUUACUAUCAUGCCUUCAUAUAUCUUUGAACACAUAAUUAAGAGAAUGGCUUCUGGCAUCAUGAAAAGUCUGAUGGACCAUACAAUCCCUGAAGUCUAAAUUUAAAGCCAUUGUAUUGUAUAUGCAUAUGUAAUGAGAACUCGGCUAAUCUUGGGCUAUUAUACUCAGCAACUUCUGGAUUCUGCACAUGAGCCUUCCUUGAGACCAAGAAGAGAGAUGCUGCAUUGAUCAUUUACAUUAUGUCUAGGGCCUGGAACGUUACAGUUCAACAUGUUAUCUUGUUUAUUCAUACAAAUGUAAGACUUGUUUGUAGUCUAAUGCUGAUUUUACAAAUGUGAAAUUUUCAACAAAGCUCUGCUGAUCUUUUUCUGUAGGAUCAUGCUACUCUAGUUGACUACUGUUUCUAUGAUUAUAAGCCAUUGCAACUAAAAGAAACUAAUUCAUGUUUCUUCUGCAAGUGAUAGUAUCAGUUAUCCAUGAUCUAGAACAUACUGCUGCUCUUUGUAUGUUCCUUUUCAGAUGAAUAAGUAUUUUUAUUGCCUUCUCUUUAUAACCAUAUAUUUUGAACAGUAUAUUUAGAAGACUGACUAUUUUAGUGGUAGUGCACUUUUUGUUCAAGUAAUCUUCUUGGCAGAAAAAAGCCAAUUGAAAACCAAGUUUAGCUAAUAUUGGCAUUAAACCUUAAAGAAGCGCUUUAAAUGGUAAAGUAUAUAGAUUGUUACGCUCAACUUUUUACUACUCUUACUUUACAAAUUGUAACUCUAAUACUCUUAAAUUCUGUAUCCUUAACCAUGUUUAAAAAUAAAGUUCAGGAAUAACCAAAAA